AUGUCGACGGUGAAGGUUGGCAUGUUUGGCGGGUCAAAAGGUGAUGUCUGCGACAUCACCGGAUUGUCAAGUUUUGCACCGUCAAGCCUGAGGAGCAUGGAGAUUUGGAGCACACCGGGGCAUGAAGGGGUCAUCAACGCCAUACGCUUCACCUUCGUCGACACCAAAAACAAUGCAAUCCCGGUAGGUCCGUGGGGCACCCCGCUCCGUGGUCAGAAAAGCCAGACUAUUCACUUGACAAAUGUGCGUGUCAUCGAGCUCUCCGGCUACACCAAUGGCCAAUACAUCACCUCACUCUCCUUCCGCACCACCGACGCCCCAAGGCAUCAUGGACCAUUCGGAAAAGUGAGGCCAGCAACUGGAUCCGACACUUAUUUCCGCGUCCCUCUCAUGCAUGGCUCUAUCGUGGCCUUCUGCGCCCAAGCCGACGACUACCUCAGCGCCAUUGGUGCCUAUAUCAAGAACUGA